UGCCCAGAUGCUGGCGGAGGACGCCGAGGCGGGCGCCCAGGACGAGAAGGAGCUGCAGGAGCUGCGCAAGCAGGGCAUCGACCCCCUGCCCAAACCCCCCCCGGGCGUGGGGCUGCUGCCCACCCCCCGCCCCCCCCCCCCCGCGGGCUGCCCCUCCCCCCGCCCGGGCCCCCCAUGGGCCUCCCCCCCCCGGGGCCCCUGGAGCCCCCCCUGGAGCCCCCCCAGGACCCCUUCAAGAAGAUCCCGUCGCUCUUCGAGAUCGUGGUCAGGCCCACGGGGCAGCUGGCCGAGAAACUGGGCGUCAGGCACCCGGGGCCGCCCCCCCCGCGCUUUCCGGGCCCCCCCGGGGCUCCGCCCCUCCCCCCCCCGGAGCUGCCGCCCCCCCCCGAGCUGG